AUGGUGACAUCAAUUAUGGAUGAUAAUAUUAAUACAAGCUCAGUGAAAGAUAAGAAAUACCAUAUAAUUUUGAUUUAUCUUGUUCAUGAAGAAGACAACAACUAUUGUGGAGGUGGUUAUCGUGAUGUACCAACGAAAUUGGUGGGUGCUGUUGGUGGUGAUACAAUUAACGACAUGGUUGAUGAAGCCUAUGAAUCAUUGGAAGAAAAUGUGCGAACUGAGAUAAACGUCCCAUUUAAUACAGAAAAUAUCAAGGAAUCUGUCGCAUUUGAUCUUGUUGAAUGUUACAACGAAGAAGAAAUGAAUGUAGCUUUCGAAUAUCGAAGACAAGGAAGAAGUUGUGAAGAUAUUAAUAUGUUUAUUGCAAAGUUACGAGACGACGAAAAGAACAAACAUGAAAACAGGGGCUAA